UAGUCACGGCUGCUGGCUGGCUGUGCCGGAGGUUGUCAAUCCUUUCGUCUUGCUGUGGUGAUCUCCUUCACCUCUCGUACGUGCGCACUGACCAGACACAUGGCGAAGCGACGAAGAGCUGCCGAGACCUCCCCCGUCCUGGAGGGAGCGAGCGGUACUGGCACGCCGCAGCAUGUUGCUGCUGCUGCUGCUGCUCCUGCUGCCACGACAAUGCUUGCCCUCGACCACACCACAGACCUCCAGCAGGCGGCUGAUCGUCUCACUCUCGCGGCAAGCAGACCAGAAGACUUCUUCCAAGCGAAUGAGGCCAUCGCAGAGGAGCUAACGAGCGUCCUACGCAGCCUGUUCUCCAUAGCGAGAAAGUGCGAGGCUCAAAGGAAGCCCUUCGGACCUCUGGAAGAGCUUCAUGUACAAGGCCUGGACAGCGAGUCGAUCUGGUCGGAGCUGGAGUUGCGGAACGUUCCGUUGGAGAAGCACACAAAGAAGACCCUGACGCGUCUGCUGCAAAGCGAGGACAUGUCGCUAGCUGCGGAAAUCGCAUCGGACGAGGAGGCUGAAGAUGUAGAGAAGGCUAGCGAUGGCGAGGAAGCUGAUGAUAACGACGCAGGCAUGCAGGGAGGUGAUAGCACAGCGUUGUUGGGUGGUGGAGGCUUCAGCGAUGGAGACGAUGACGCUGAGGGAGAGGUGAAUGGGGAGGGUGACAGCGAUGCUGACGGCGAUGAAAGGGAUACCAGCGCAUUUAAAGGAGGAGGGAAGGGGGACAAGACAACGGGGACAACGAAGAGCAGCAAGAAAUCCAAGAACCAAAAGACCGAAGACAUGUUCUUCGACGCCGAUGACAUGGAAAAGUUUGCAGACGAAGGCACCAUGGAUGAUGAUGAUCUCGAGGACGACGUUCUCGACGAGAUGUACGGUGGAGGAGGAGGCGACGCCGAUUCAGGGGAAGAGAAAGAUCAGGAAGACGACUCGGACGAGGAAGACGACGCGGAGAUGAUGGAGGAGCUCAUGCAAGAGGAGGCGGAAUCGGGGGACGAGCAAGUCGGUGGCGGGAUCAAGCACGAGGACUUCUUCGACGACGGCGACGAUGGUGACAAGCCAAGGAGCAAGCGGAGACUGUCGAAGAAAAAACAGUCUAACCGCCGUCAGCAGGAGGAGGAGGAGGAAGGUGAUGCAGAGAGCGACGGGGAUGACGUCGAUGACGAAGAAGAUGAAGAUGCAAGUAACGACGAGGGAGAGGAAGAAAAGGAAGAAGCUGGGGUCUUGUCAGCGCACGUGCAGCAUUCCAGGCGGAUGAAGAGCAAGAUCUCCGACCAAGAGAGAGAGCUGCUCGCGGAGAAGCCGUGGGCGUUGAGAGGCGAGGUGCACUCCCACGACAGGCCGCAGAAUAGUCUGCUGGAGGCAACCGUGGACGUUGAGCGCGCCACGCGUGUAGCCCCACCCCCCACGGCGGAGCACGCGAUGACGCUGCUGGACAUGAUCAAGAAAAGGUGCUUGGACGGCAACUGGGAUGAUGUCACCCCGCGGAACCUCCAAGGACCGACGGUUCGGAAGGAGGUGCCUCACCUAUCGCAGGACAAAAGCAAGGAAGGCCUUGGCGAGCUGUACGAGAAAGAGUUCUUGAAGAAAACCAUGGGUGUGACAGAGGACGAUCCUCAGAAGGGCCUGAAGAACGAGCUGAAGCAUCUCUUCUCCAAGCUGUGCGGGAAGCUGGACGCUCUGUGCAACUUCCACUACACACCGAAGGCCGCCAUCCCAGAGAUGAAGGCAAGCGUGCCGGUCCAGGCCGACGUGGCCGCCAUUGCCAUGGAGGAGGUGUUGCCUUCGUCUGUCGCAGACGCGGAGGCUCUGGCGCCCGAAGAACUUUACAAGAAAAAGCGGGGCCGAGAAGCAGAGUUCUUAGAAGGCAUGCGUGGGGCAGAGAUGAGCCAGGAGGAUCGAAAACGGUCACGCUCGUCGAAGAAGGCCGUUAGGCGGAAAGCCAGGCGAAAGGCGCAAGCGACCCAGAAGCUGGUGUCCAAGCUCAAUCCGGGUCUCGGGAACAAGUACGAGAAGGCCAAGAUGAUGAAGGACAUCGAGGGUGCAAAGAACGUCACCACCGCCGCAGGGGGCGAGGAAUCAAGUGGACGGGAAUUCAGCACUUCUGCGAAGUUCUUCAGUCAGCUUCAGGAAUCCGUGACCGCGAGCGUAAAGUCGGCAGGGAAGGGCAUGGAAGGAGAUGCCAAGAGCACAAGCAAGAAAGCAGCUCAAUUGAGGCUAUGAGCCAGCAACAAGGCGACCUGCCUCGGUCAGAGUUGUGUUGCUUUACAAAGGUACUUGACCCCCAACUUUCGAUGGCCUUUGGCCAACGUAGAGGAGAGACUUUCUUUGGUUUGAGAUCAGCACUACAGCCCCUGCCUUUUUUGGAGGGCCUCAACAAAGGAUGGGUCCAGCUUCUCGACAUGAGUGAAGGGUGGAAGGGUGCGCUUAGGUUGCUUGAGCGUAUCAGGUGAACAGUCGGUAAAAUGGCGCAAAAUGUGUUGCAAGUUUCAUUAGAGACUUGCGUUGCAUCGACAACACCAAAGUGGUUCCGGUACCCAUCGGGGUAAUGGCAGCAGGCCCUUUACGUAAGACGGUGGUGACGAUGACUUGGCUCCAGCAGUCGACUACCGGGUGGUGUUUGGAGCAAACUGAUGUACCUAUCCCCUGCAGACGGCCGUGGGGGAUGCUGUGCCAGAGAGACAUCAAUCGAUGGCGAGAUAUUCAGUGGGGUUAUUCAGU